ACGCUCGUACUUUUACAACCAGAUCUCAACCCCUCCACCACUCCCAGAUAAAAUCCUCCAACAAAAUGGCAGGCGACACAAGAGACUCCUCCACCCCCUCACCGCGGGGUCCCCCGCCAGGCGAAACCUCACCACCAGCCCACGUCCAAACACCCCCCAAAGUCUACGAGGUCUUCUCCAGUCCCAAAUCCGCGAAUGCCCUCCCGGAAGGUUCCGGCCAAAACACCGCCGGCAGCAAUCCCGAGGUCCCAAAGCUAGUCGAUGCCGUGAAGACGGUACAACUAGAGGAUUUCAAAAAGGUGCAUUUGUACCCAUGUGUACGAGAGAGUUUGUUAACGGGCAUGGGCGGGGCGUUUGGGAUGGGGGCGAUUCGAGUUGUUUGGGGGUGUAUGUCUCCUCAUUCUCUACAUUUUGAAAUACCUGGUCUUUUUUGGGGGAGGGGGGGAUCUGUAAUGGUGUGGUUCAAUGGAAUCAAAAGCUGAUGUAUGAGUUUAGCACCAGUAUCUAAAAUCACCAAUUGGGCGGUUGGUACAUUCGUCCUUGUAUCACUCGGCAGCCACGAAUUCUGCCAAUACCGUCGAACGCUAGAGAAAGCAUAUAUGAAACGGGCUGUCGAAAUUAUCGACCGAAAGAAGAGCGAGAAAGAAGCGGAAGCAAAAUUAAAAAGAGACGAGAGAAGGAGGUUGAAGGAAGAAUUGGAUAAGAAAGCCGAAGAGGCGGCGAAAAGAAGUAGUUGGAAGUUUUGGUAAUUGAAGGCAACAGAGAUUGGGAGGCAACGAUGAUUGUAUUAUGAUGUAUUAUUUUGGACUCGGUUGUAAAUUAUACCUGAAUCGGAUUUUUUGAGGUCCAGCUUCAUUUGUAUGACAAUCUCAGUAUGAGAGUCUCAGGGGAUCCGAGGAACGAAGAAAAAAUCACCAUCUAGGCGAGAGGAUUAUACUAGAUUGUUUGUAUGAGCACCGUUUGUAUGAGCACCUUUCUGGGACGCCACAGAUGUACUGGUUGACCCAUGGAAAAUCCUGGUUAACGAUAUAGGCGAAACUCAUUAUUAGCAAGAUACAGUAGGAGUUCAUGGCCAUUCAAGUCUAUAUUGUAGCUAUGGCCAGGAUUUGGUUCUUAUGGCUUAGUCUAACCUU